UGACUACCCGUUAAUCAUUCGCCAAAAAAAACCUAGCAACGCAUAAACAAAUGCGAAGGAAAACCCCAUAAAUCGAUUUCCACCCAGAGCGGCCAGCGCAAAAAGUGGACAGAACAGCUCACUGGAUAGGGAAUCAGCCAGAGGAGACCGAGGAUCAACCUAACAAUGCCGCAGGACGAGGGAAAUAACGGGACAACGGCGGUGGCCCAGCAGCUCGAUGACGAAAUCGAGAAUGUGCGUGUGGUGGUGCGAACGCGACCGAUGGACAAAAAUGAGAUGUCCGCAGGAGCGCUAAGUGCGAUAUCGGUGGAUAAACUGAAUCGAGCUAUAACGGUAAUGAAACCGAAUGCAACGGCCAAUGAACCGCCGAAAACGUACUAUUUCGAUAACGUCUUCGAUGGGGGCUCGAAUCAAAUGGAUCUCUAUGUGGACACCGCUCGUCCGAUAGUCGAUAAAGUACUGGAGGGCUAUAACGGUACUAUCCUAGCCUAUGGACAAACGGGCACGGGCAAAACCUAUACAAUGUCUGGAAAUCCCGAUUCCCCGCAAACAAAGGGGAUAAUCCCGAAUGCAUUUGCCCAUAUCUUUGGACACAUUGCCAAGGCCAAGGAAAAUCAGAAAUUCCUGGUGCGAGUCAGCUAUAUGGAGAUCUACAACGAAGAGGUUCGGGAUUUGCUGGGCAAGGACGUGGGCAAGAGUCUGGAGGUCAAGGAGCGACCCGAUAUCGGGGUCUUUGUCAAGGAUCUCUCGGGUUAUGUGGUCCACAAUGCCGAUGAUCUGGAGAAUAUCAUGCGAUUGGGCAAUAAAAACAGGGCUGUGGGCGCCACCAAAAUGAACCAGGAGAGCUCGAGAUCCCAUGCCAUUUUCUCCAUAACCGUGGAGCGCAGCGAACUGGGCGAAGGAGGUGCCCAGCAUGUGCGGAUGGGCAAGCUGCAGCUGGUGGAUCUCGCCGGAUCCGAAAGGCAGUCGAAAACCCAGGCCAGUGGACAGCGGCUGAAGGAGGCCACCAAGAUUAAUCUCUCACUUUCGGUGCUGGGAAAUGUCAUCAGUGCUUUGGUGGAUGGCAAGAGCACUCAUAUUCCCUAUAGGAACUCCAAGCUAACGCGUUUGCUGCAGGAUUCCCUGGGCGGCAACUCCAAGACCGUCAUGUGUGCCACUAUAAGCCCAGCGGACAGCAACUAUAUGGAGACUAUAUCCACUCUGCGAUAUGCUAGUCGCGCGAAGAACAUACAGAAUCGCAUGCACAUCAACGAGGAGCCCAAGGAUGCGCUGCUGCGUCACUUUCAGGAGGAGAUUGCUCGGCUGCGAAAGCAACUGGAGGAGGGCAGCAGCUUGGAGGAGGAGCCGCCAAGCUCCGAGGAAGAGGAGGAUACAGCAGACGAUGAGUUAGAGGCCCCCCUCGAGAUCGAAAUGGAAUCUUCAACCAUCCAAGCUGUGGAGAAGAAGCCCAAGAAGAAGCGGGAGAAAACGGAUGCGGAGAAAGAGGAGCUGGCUCAGCGGAAGAACGAACAUCAGAAGGAAAUCGAGCAUGCCAAGACAGAGCAGGAAACGCUACGCAAUAAGCUGGUUUCCCUAGAGGGAAAAAUCCUCGUGGGCGGUGAGAACCUCCUCGAGAAAGCCCAAACGCAGGAGAUGCUGCUAGAGCAAUCCAUUGCGGAGCUGGAGCAGCACGAGAAAUCCGAGGAGGCACUCAAGCAAACGCUGCAACAAAAGGCCACCGAAAGAAUUGACAUCGAGGAGCGAUAUUCCACCCUGCAAGAUGCUAGUACUGGGAUAACAAAGAAGAUCCAUCGAGUAAUGCAAAUGCUGAUGGGUGUAAAAUCUGAGCUGGCAGAUCAGCAGCAAGAGCACCAGCGCGAAAAGGAGGGAAUCUACGAGAACAUCAGGAGCCUUUCCCGGGAACUUGCCCUUUGCGAACUGGUGCUAAAUUCCUAUGUGCCCAAGGAGUACCAGUCGAUGAUCAAUCAGUAUACCCACUGGAACGAGGACAUCGGCGAGUGGCAGCUGAAAUGUGUGGCCUAUACGGGCAACAACAUGAGGAAGCAUAUCUCGGCCCACAAGACGAGUGGCAAAGAGCCCGAGUUCCUCGAUCUCUCGCACGUUUAUCUCAGCUACAACACCGAUGGAGUCUCGAAUCCGCUGCGCUCCAAGUCCGCUAGGCCAAGGACUUCGGGCGUUCCCAGACCCACAACCGCCAGGCGAUAUUGAAGCGAUAUCCUCAGCGGUCUGCGCGUCCAGUUUUGGUUUCUUCUCCUGCUUAUCCUGAUUUUCUACAGCCUCAAGUUCAUUUGCUCAGCGAAUUUCCUUUUUGUUAGACCUUAGCUUUUGUUGAUUUAUUGUUUAGGACACAUACUUUUUAGGUUGAACAACGGUGCAAUACAUUUACAACUGUGUUUGUAAUUUUAAUUUCUAACUUAUAUCUAUUUUAUAAUGCUUAUAACUAAGUAGAAACAAGAUUUUACUCGAAUAGGCACAACAUAAGGUAUUAUUGAUGUGCUAUUGGCUUUUAAAUAAAUAUAUAUGAUACUCACAGAUAA